UUAUUUUACAGAUCAAAAGUCCAUUUUCUUUCACUUAUUCAAACUAGCCAUGAACUCUAUAUGGUUGCUUCAAUCCAAAUCAAACCCUGCAUUUGAUAUAUCCCAUCAAAACCAAAAAAAAAACAAGACAAAUCUCCAGUUUCUGAACAUGAAUUCCAAUUCUUGCUUCCUCUGCCAAAAACUGGUGUCUCUUUUCCAUGCUAUUUCCUUAUUUCUUCUGACUCAUUUUUUCUCCUAUUUUUCCAGGUGUUUUUACUUGAUUAAAUAUAUUCUCUCGUUUUUGUUUGUUAAUUGUAACACUUGGUUGAAAAAGUCAGCAAAGAAAGAUGUACUAUUUCUGGAGGCAGGGCGUGGAGAGGAAAACGAAUUGGAGCUGCUGCAUUUGAAAUUCAAGUUUCCUUCAUUUGAUGAGUUCAGAAAAAUUAAUACUAACGUGAAAGAUGAUUCCUGCAAUCUUAAACUCUCAUCCUCUGCCUUGAUUGAGCUACUUACCACUUUCCCUCUAAGGCACAUCGAUGAAGAUGUUGAGCUUGAGCCGAGAGAGGAAGAAGCAACUCCCGAGUUCAAUGUUAAUUUACUUCUACAACAUUCUGUUGAUGAGUUUGAGAUAAGCAGUGAUGGAGAAGCUUUAGAUAGUGAGAGCUUUGGAGUGAAUACGGAAUCUUUGAUGUUUUUAGGUGAGAGCAAGAAAGUAGAAGAAGAGCAAGGUUUUGAGAGAGAUUUUAAUGUGAAUUCAAGUGGUGAUAUGGAGACAAAUGAUGGGGAAUUGGAAAAAGAGUGCAGUCCUUUUGAGAAUGAUGGAGUCACCCACAAGUUGGAGUGUUUGUGGGAGCAUCAAGAGCUGAUUGAGCAGUUGCAGAUGGAGCUUGAGAAGGUGAAGGCCACAGGUCUGCCUACCAUUGUAGAGGAGUCCGAGACGCCUAAGGUCAUCAAUGACUUGAAGCCGUGGAAGAUAGACGAGACCGAGGAAACGCAGCAUCGAGAUUGCAUUGCCGAGCCUCACAAGAGCUACAGAGAAAUGAUGCGAAAAUUCGAUAUCCUCAACUACCAGAAGAUGUAUGCCAUGGGUUUUGUGCAGCAGAAUGAUCCAUUCCAACAAAAAGUGAAGCCAGCCCCAAUGCUGAAGUCCCUAGUCUCGAAAAAGCUUUGGACGUCGAAGCAUAAAAAGCAGGGCAGCAGCCCAAUGAAGAAGCUGAUGAAUGAGCUGCAGGGCGACGUGGAAGUGGUGUACGUAGGUCAGAUGUGCCUGUCGUGGGAAAUCCUGCAAUGGGAAUACGACAAGGCCUUAGAGCUAUGGAACUCUGAUCCACACAGUGUCUAUCGCUACAACGAGGUGGUGGCCGAGUUCCAGCAGUUUCAAGUCCUCCUUCUAAGGUUCAUAGAAGACGAGCCCUUCCAGGGGGGGCGAGUGCAGACCUAUGUCAAGGCUCGAUGUGUUCUACGAAAUCUUCUCCAGGUUCCUCUCGUAAGAGAGGACGACAGAACGAAGGAGAGGGACGAGUAUGUGAUCAGUAGUGAAAUGCUGGUAGAGAUGCUUGAAGAAUCGAUACGCAUAUUUUGGGAAUUCGUUCGAUCGGACAAGGACUGUGGCUUGGCGGCGUUGCCUGUCCUUCAUAGCCCUCAAGACCUCAAGAUGUUGAUGCAGCUACGGAGAAUUCUUCAAAAGAAGGAGAGGAGGGUGAAGGAUAUGUUGAGGAGUGAGAAGUGCAUAUUGAGGAGAUUCCAAAAGCAAAAGAGGAGGGGAGAUGAAGAAGCUCUUCAUUUUUUUGCACAAGUAGAUGUGAAAUUAGUGUCACGAGUUUUAAGCAUGUCGAGAAUUAGUAGGGAGCAAUUGAUUUGGUGCGAAAACAAGUUGAGUAGGAUUAGCUUUGUGGGCACCAAAAUCUACGUCCAACCUGCUUUUCUGCUAUUUCCAUGUUGAUUUCAUUUUCUACUACUAUAGAAUUUGAUCUUAUCUAGUAUUUAUUUGCAUGCGUAAUUGUUAGUAUAAUUGUUGGUUGUUUAAAAGUUCAACAUUUAGACAAGAGGGUUUUACUGAUUAUGUAAUUGAGUACAUUUAUGUUAAUAGUAUGAGAUUUAUUGAAUAA